UCAGCUGAUUUUUGCGUCCGGUUCGACGAGUCAUGCUUUUUCUUCCGGUCCGAUGCAGACCGCCGUUUCAGUAUCUGCGGGAUCGACGGUGAAGAUGGUAGAUGAAGCUGGUGACAGGGAUGAAUCCUCUAAUGUUGCCAUUAUCAGAGAAGUAUACGACAGUGAAAAUGCCCACGAGACAUUUGAAUACGAGUUAGAGCGAGCACUAGAAUCAGAAUGCAGUUUAAUCGUUAUCGAGCCGUCGAAAUUAGGUGAUGAAACCUCCAGAUGGAUAGCAGUAGGAAAUUGUCUUCACAAGACUGCCGCAUUGUCGGGUCUUGCUGCAAUCGUCACAGGAUUAGUUUGGGGCGAUCGACCGUACAUCUGUGGUCCAUUAGGUUUUACGUCAGUUAUAACCUGCGGAUUAUAUACAGUCUCUUGGCAAUUUGAUCCCUGCUGCCAGUAUCAAGUAGAAACUGAUACCAGCAAAUUACCGCACGUUGAACUAUUAGCUGUUCUAGGUCCGUCAUCUCCGACGUUUCUUGUAAGAAAAGAUGAUAAGAGGAGACGAAUUCUUCAUACAACUAUUGCAUUGGCAGCCUUCGGUAUUACUGCCUGGAGAGUAUAUCAAGCGUUCAAGUGAAAAAAAUUAUUACUGGCAUUGGUUUUGAUUUAUAGGCCAGAAUGAAAUAAUAAGGUGAAUGCUGCUUAUGUGAUGAUUACACCACAUAAAUACAAGUAAAGAGAGCCAGAUUUUAUCCAAGCUUUUACAUUGGCAUAUAAUUUGAAAUCAUUAUUCUUUGUGAUCUUCAUUUUGACAAAAUUUUCAAAAAUAACUAUUGCAAAGCUGGAAAGACCAUGCAGUCUCUAUAAUGAAGAAAAAGAAAUAUUGACAUAAGUGUUCUUAGAAUGAUUAAAUUUACAAUAGUAUAUAUGAAUUUAGCAUUAUGUAUUUUUAGACUGUAAAUAAAAUAGGUAGAGAGAGAAUACAAUACGUAUGAUAUGUCAAAGGAUA